AUGGAUAUUGACCCUCCCGCCCCCCAAAACGACCCAACAAUAACAACAACGACAAACCCAGUCCCACACCCGACCUCAACACCAACGCAAACAAAACCACCCACCUCCCACACCCACACCCGCACCCUCACAACCCUCACCCUCAAAUCCCCCCCCUCCGCCUACGCCCACCUCUCCCUCUCCACCCCCACAACAACCACCACCAGCAGCAACAACAACAACAACAACAACAACAACAACAACAACAACAACAACCCCGACAUCCUACAACUACGCGCCUACCUAACCACCGCCCUCCGGCAAUUCCUCGGCGACACCGGCGCCGCCAUCCCCAUCGACUUCCUGGCGGUGCGCGACGGCGGGGACGCGUGGGUGCGGGUGCCGCGGCCCGACCUGGCGGCGUUUGUGGGGGCGGUGACAGCGUUUGGGGGGAUGGACAUGUCCGGCGCCGGUGGUGGUGGUGGUGGUGGUGGUGGUGAUGGUAAUGGAGGGGAGGAAGGGGGGAGGAUGGUGUUGCGGGUGGUGGCGAGCGGGGAUUGGUUGGGGAGUUUGAUUGGGAAGGAGGGGGAGGGGAGGCUGUGGGUUGAUUGA